UCACAGCCCUAGUCAGUUCUUAUCAGGACAGCUCAGUGUUGCCUCUGCCUCUGCUGCGAAACACACACGCUGACGGACUACUCUAGAAAUCUCGAAAACAGUUGUCUUUCUUUUCCUGUAAAAGAUAAACUCUCAGACUGAAGGAUUACUCUUCAAGAGGUGGCAAACACUGUAUUUUUUUACAAAUAAAUUUUCUGCUCCUGCAAAGUUACAAACGUUCCUCAGAACCCCCGCGGUGACCAGAGCACAGAUGGACCUUAGCGGCUUCAUGUAUCUCCUGGUCAUGUGCGCUCUCAAUAAGCUGAUUGUGGUGGCAAGCCUUGAAGAUGAUUACCAGGAGCAUCUGAACCAUCAGGGAGAACAUCAGUCGACACGGAACCAAAUCGCCACGGCCCAGUACGAAUGUUUCCAGAAGAUUUUGAAAAAAUCGCACCGCAAAACAAAAACAAUAGCAGGGCCCAUGUGCAACGCAACAUGGGAUGGGUGGCUGUGCUGGGACGAAACUGAAGCCGGACCGACAGAGCAGGGCUGUCCCGACUACUUUAGAAAUUUUGAUCCUCAUGCGAUGGCGUCCAAAGUGUGCUCAGAGACAGGCGAGUGGGGACGCCACCCCGAGAGCAACAGGACAUGGACAAACUUCACGAACUGCCAAGCUAACACGACACAUCAUGGGACACAGGCGGCAAUGACUCACUUCUAUUUGGUCAUGAUUGGUCACGGCCUGUCGCUGGUCUCAUUGCUCAUAUCAUUGGGAAUAUUCUUCCAUUUUAAGAGUCUGAGCUGCCAGAGGAUAACGCUCCACAAAAACCUCUUCUUCUCAUUUGUGCUGAACUCCAUCAUCACCGUUGUCUGGCUUACAACAGUGGUAAUGAAACAGGGACACGCGUAUAAUGAUUCUGCAAGCUGCAAACUGGUCAUGUUCGUCCACCUGUAUCUGCUGAGCUGUAACUACUUCUGGAUGCUCUGCGAGGGCAUCUACCUGCACACUCUGAUCGUUGUGGCAGUGUUUGCAGAAAAACAACAUCUCAUGUGGUAUUACCUGCUGGGCUGGGGUUUUCCACUCGUGCCCACGGUGAUACAUUCAAUAGCACGCCACUGCUACUACAAUGACAGAUGUUGGGUCAGCUCGGAUACCUCCUUGCUGUACAUUAUCCACGGCCCCAUCUGCGCCGCUUUGGUGGUGAAUCUGUUCUUCCUGCUGAACAUCGUUCGGGUUCUGAUCACCAAGCUGAGAGUGACGCACCAGGCCGAGUCCAGCCUCUACAUGAGGGCGGUGAGAGCCACCCUCAUCCUCAUCCCUCUGCUCGGCAUCCAGUUUGUCCUGGUGCCCUACAAGCCCCAGGAUCACUGGGUCUCUGAGAUCUACCUGUACGUCAUGGAAAUCCUCAUGCACUACCAGGGUCUCUUGGUUUCUACAAUAUUCUGCUUCUUCAACGGAGAGGUCCAGAGUGUUCUGCGGAGAAACUGGAACCAGCAGCGGAUGCAGUUCGCCGGCACGUUUGCCAAUGCCGACUUCUUCCGCUCUGCAUCCUACGUGGCGUCAUCGCUCACAGAGGUCCACCGCUGCUACAGCAUCGAAAGCCACACUGAGCACAUGAACGGCAAGAGCUACUCAGACAUCUUUAGAUCGGACAGCCCUUUCGUGUGAAGCUGGCACUAUAGAUUCUUUGACGUCUCCCAAGAUGUUACCAAGAUUUAUGUCUUCUUGGAGUUUUACUACUGUUCAUGGCAACUGAGUACAAACUUUGUUCUUCUUUGACAUUUUUUUCUCCAUUUCCUAGCCACAAAAAACUCACAUAUUUUACUUUUUCUUUUAAACUAUUUUCACAUGAUUAUUACCAGAACAGAAUGAGCUUGAGGCCAAAGAAACAGUCCCUUUGUAAUUAUUUACAUCCCUUGAAUAUUCAGAGGGGCUGUUGCUGGACAGAGGGAAGAGGCCUUGUAUCAACCAAC